UGCGUUCCUGUCACCAGGAGGACAGAUAAGGGAAUUCUGCACAUACCUGUUGGCCCUGCUGCCAGUGUAUAAAUGGCAACCUGGACGCUCUGAGACGAACACACACACACACACACACCCGUUGGCUCUCAAGAUGAGUCACGGUCAGCACAGCGGUAUAAUACUAUGAGCGUGAUUGGUUUUCCUAAACCUGAAGAGAGUCCUUUCUGCACGGAUUGAAGCGUUUUAACGUUCUAGAUGGACACGGGACUUAUGGUGUCCAUCUCUCUGCUUGGACAGGCUCUUGCCCUGCUCUCCUUCCCUGAGCACGCUUCACUGAACAGAGUAUUUGACAACACCUCCGGAAGUGUGUAUCCAGGAUCUGUGUUUGUGAAGGAGGCUCUUCAGAGGGCGAUGGAGCUAACUGAUGCUGCUUAUGCCCGCACAAGUGAGAGGGUGAAGAAGUCUCUGUCUGAAGGCGCCCUGAAACCCAGUGACCUGCUGGCUCAGUUUAAACAGACUGAAGCCAGAACCAGGACUCAGAUCCGGGCUGCAGAACUGCUGGACAACACAGUGGAGCUGAUCAGGGAGAUGGUCUACACUCACAAUAUGGUGCAGCCUGACUCUCAUGAGCUGCUGAGCGAACGAGACGUGGAGAACCUGCUGCAGGUGACAGGCUGCUCCGCUGAGCUGCAGCAACCCAGCUGUGACUCUGACUGUCUGUCUGAGCGCUACAGAUCCCUCACAGGAGAGUGCAACAACAGGCAGCAUCCCAGAUGGGGCGCUGCAAACAUCCCGUAUUCCCGCUGGCUGCCUCCAGAGUAUGAGGAUGUGUGGGGGAUGCCCAGAGGCUGGGACCCAGAGCACACCUACCAUAACGCCACUCUGCCUCCAGUGCGGCUGGUGUCUCAGGAAGUGCUGUUCACUCACAAUGACAACAUCUCUCUGGACUCCACUCUGUCCCACCUGUUGGUGGAGUGGGGUCAGUGGAUAGACCACGACGUGGUGCUGACGCCUCAGAGCCCCAGUACAGCCGCCUUCAGGACAGGAGCUGACUGCACACACACCUGCAGCCGGGACACUCCCUGCUUCCCCAUACAGAUCCCUCUGUCAGAUCCUCGUAAUGGCGUCCAGAGUUGCAUGCCUUUCUUCCGCUCUGCUCCCAGCUGUGUUGCUGGAGUACUGUCUCAUCGCCAUCGAGAGCAGCUCAACGCCAUCACCUCCUUUGUAGACGCCAGUAUGGUGUACGGCAGCUCCCCCAGUCUCGGCUCGGCUCUGAGAAACCACUCCUCUCCUAUGGGCUCAAUGGCCCUCAACUCCCAGCGCUCAGACCAGGAGCUGGCCUACAUGCCCUUCUUGCCACGCCUGCAGGCCCACCUGGACCCCUGCGGCCCUCGAAACUCCACUGCCUCAGCGGCAUCGGGCAGAUCCACACGCCAGGAGAACACCACAUCCUGCUUUCAAGCUGGUGAUUCAAGAGCUAAUGAGCAUCUGGGAAUGAUUGCACUGCACACACUCUUCCUGAGAGAGCACAACCGGCUGGUCAAAGAGCUGCACCUGCUCAACCAUCACUGGAGCCCUGAUACUCUUUAUCAGGAGGCCCGCAAGAUCGUGGGAGCCAUUCAUCAGAUCCUGACGUGGGAGCACUACCUGCCGCGGGUCCUCGGUGAGAGCGCCAUGUCUCGUCUGAUGCCUCCUUACGAAGGUUAUGAUCCUGAGGUGGAUCCGAGCAUCGCUAACGUCUUUGCAGCCGCUGCGUUUCGUUUUGCCCACGUCACCGUGCAGCCAGUGGUGUCCAGGCUAGGGCCAGGAUACACCACUAACUCCCAGCAUCCCCCGCUGCCUCUGCAUCAUUCAUUGUUUGCCUCUUGGAGGGUUGUAGAAGAAGGUGGUAUAGACCCUGUGCUGCGCGGUCUGUUGCUGUCUCCAGCCAAGCUGCAGACUCCAGGUCAGAUGAUGGUGGAGGAGCUGACAGAGAGGCUGUUUCAGGCACAGGGAGGGAUGCCUCUGGACCUCGGGGCUCUUAACCUCCAGAGGGGCCGAGAUCACGGCCUGCCUGGAUACAGCUCGUGGAGGAGGCUCUGCAGGCUCUCUGUUCCCAACACUACAUCAGAACUGGCUGAAAUUCUGAGUAACUUCACUUUGGCUCACAAACUCCAGCUGCUGUACGGGACACCACACAACAUCGAUGUGUGGGUGGGCGGCAUCUCUGAGCCCGCUCUGCCUGGAGGUCGAGUCGGACCACUUCUGUCCUGCCUGCUGGCGAGACAGUUCAGAGCGCUGAGAGAUGGGGACAGGUUUUGGUGGGAGCGGGAAGGCGUGUUCACCAGCACCCAGAGGCAAAGCCUCCACGCCGUCUCUCUGUCCCGCAUCAUUUGUGACAACAGCCGCAUCACUCACGUCCCUGCUGACCCAUUCUCGCGUACCGAGAGGCCAGAGGACAUGCUGGCCUGUUCACACCCGCUCAUCUCCCACCUUGACCUCACUCCGUGGAAAGAACCAGACGCAGAUCCCAGCUGUGGUCUGAUACCCAGGAUUCAAUCCGGCUACUCGCUGCUCUGUCACUCUGUGAUUCUGUAUCAGUGUCACGCUGGCUUCAAGCUGCUGGGAUCUUCGUCUGUCAGCUGUGAUCCAAACAGCCAGAAGUGGAGCCCCACACCUCCAACAUGUGAAGAUAUUAAUGAAUGUGAAGAACUAAUGUCUGUCUGCCCACAAAACCUGGAGUGCCUCAACGUACCAGGAUCCUUUAUUUGCUCAGAGCCCUCCUCGCUGUCUGCCAUUUCUGUUGUCACUGCAGUGAUGGUAGUGAUCAGUAGUGUCGCCGUGCUGCUGCUGAUCAUGUUCUGUUAUCGAAGAUAUUUCCCCAAGAAAGAAGAGUUGGUCAAUGCUGGAUGUUGCCAAGGGAGAAGUUAAAAAUUGUUGUGUUCCUCCAGUGUUAUAUGAAAAUGUCUUCGGUAUAUUUGCAACUUCAAAUAUUUAUGUGGAUUUUUGGACCUGUUUUAACUGUCUAUAGUAGAAUAUUUUGUUUACGGAUUUCCUAUUAAUUUAUAAUAAAAAUAUCCCACUAA